UUCAAGUAGUUCAUACUCACAAACAAAUCCUUUGUUCUCACAAGUUGCUCAUUAUUUUUUGCCUUGUCCUAAUUCAUUUUUUGCCUCUAAUAAUGGUGUCUCAAAAGCCAAAAAUUGUUAUAAUUGGUGCAGGAAUUGCUGGUCUAGCAGCAGCUAAUAAACUCUAUACAACACAAAACUCAAAUGAAUUAUUUGAGCUUUGUGUUGUAGAAGGUGGAAAUAGAAUUGGUGGAAGAAUUUUCACUUCUGAAUUUUGUGGUGACAAAAUUGAAAUAGGUGCUACUUGGAUUCAUGGUAUUGAAGGAAAUCCAAUUUACAAAAUAGCCAAAGAAACCAACUCAUUUGAAUCUGAUCAACCAUGGGAAUGCAUGGAAGGUAAAUUAAUGGAUAAAAAAGUGACCAUAACAGAAGAUGGUCAUGAAAUAAAUUCAUCUUUUGUUAACACCAUAUCAAAUUUUUUCAAUAAAAUGUUAGAUUUUGCUUCAGGAGAAAGGAAUCUUGAAAAUGAGGUAUGUAGAGAUUUUCUUGAAAAAUUCAAUCUUGAAAAUGGUGGCAUUGAAAAAAAUCUCAGUAUUGGUUCUUUCCUUAGAGAGGGACUUGAUUUUUAUUUAAGAAAAGAUCAAGAAAAUGUUGAAGUUUUUGAAAAUUGGAGUAAAAAAUCACUUGAAGAAGGGGUGUUUAGUAUGCUUGAGAAUAAACAUAGGCAUUAUUCAGCAGCUGGUGAUUUGAGUACUUUGGAUUUUAAUGCAGAAAGUGAGUAUUGUGAUUUUCCGGGUGAUGAAAUAGUUAUAGCCAAAGGGUACUCAAAAGUGAUUGAAUCUUUAGCUUCUGUUUUACCCGCUGGUUUGAUUCAACUAGGCCGAAAAGUCGCGAAAAUUGAAUGGCAAUCUGGUUAUAGUUGCUUAAAUUUGAAAAAUGAGGACAGUACUAAGCCAGUGAAAUUGCAUUUUGGUGAUGGAUCAGUUAUGUAUGCUGAUCAUGUUAUUGUUACUGUUUCAUUAGGGGUUUUAAAACAAGGAAUUCGCGACGACGAUUUUGGUCUUUUUAGUCCUCCACUUCCUGAAUUCAAGAAUGAAGCAAUUUCAAGGCUUGGUUUUGGUGUUGUUGAUAAGUUGUUUUUGCAGCUUAGUCCAAAUCAUGAUGAAAAUGUUGGCUAUGAUGGGAUGAAUUUCCCUCAUAUGCAAUUGGUUUUCCAUAAGCCAGACGCGAAAGUUAGUCAACCGAAAAUACCCUCAUGGAUAAGGAAGACUGCACUUUUACAUCCAAUUUAUCCAAAGUCAAGUGUUUUAUUAUCAUGGUUUGCAGGUGAAGAAGCUAUUGAAAUGGAAACUCUUGAUGAUGAAGAGAUUAUGGACGGGGUUUCGACAACAAUUUCACAGUUUCUAGCAAACUCAAAGCAUUUCAAGAAGUCAAAUUUUGCUGAUGAAAGUGAAAGUUGCAUUAAGUUUACUAAGAUUUUGAAGUGUAAAUGGGGUACUGAUCCAUUGUUUUUGGGAUCAUAUAGUUAUAUAGCUGUUGGAUCAAGUGGAGAUGAUUUGGAUGCUUUGGCUGAGCCAUUGCCUAAGGGAAAUUCACAGAAUUGUCCUCAACUUCAAGUUUUGUUUGCAGGUGAAGCAACAAGUAGAACUCAAUAUUCAACAACUCAUGGUGCAUAUCUUACUGGUCUUAGAGAAGCAAAUAGGCUUCUUGAGCACUAUCAAUGUGUUGAUGUCUGAAAAAAGAUUGUUUUUGUUUGUUUGUCUUGUUAUUGUUUUUCACAUUCAUUUA